GCAGAUUUUUUGAAAGGAUUACCAGUCUACAACAAAAGCAACUUCAGCAGAUUCCAUGCGGAUUCUGUAUGUAAAGCCUCAAAUAGAAGACCAUCGGUAUAUCUUCCCACGAGAGAAUAUCCGUCUGAACAAAUCAUAGUAACAGAAAAGACAAAUAUACUUUUGCGUUAUUUACAUCAGCAGUGGGACAAAAAGAAUGCGGCAAAGAAGAGAGAUCAAGAGCAAGUGGAAAUAGAAGGUGAGAAUUCGGCGCCACCACGGAAAAUCGCUCGGACAGACAGCCAGGAUAUGAACGAGGACACUUAAACUCUUGGCUUUCUCCUCUACUACUUCGCAGGCGCUUCCUGUUUUGUCUCAAAGUGUGUAAAUUUUGCCCCUUGCCCCCAUCUCUCACCCCUCCACUACGCAGCCCAAACCACUUCUGACUUCAUAGGAGCCAAUGUAUUUAUUUUUUUUUUUUUUCCUCUCCAUUUUUUAUUUAUGCCGUAAAACUUACGGAGCAGUGGUGGAACAAUUCAGUAGAUGAUGUAGUAUAACCUUAGUUCCUCCUUUCUAAAAAUAUACACUGUCACUUUCACAGGUUUUGUUGGAUCUGUUACCUAACCAACCAGGUCUAGCUAUGGGAGCCUGGGUAGGAGACGUGGGUUAUUACAGAACCCUGCAGUGAUGUAGGCUUUCCAAUCCAUCUACCCGUUGACGUAUUACGAGUGGUUAACUCUUCUUUGGAUGUGCCCAGUCCAGCCAUAAGUGUGGGGCCUCACUAUUUUCCUCAAAUAUUCUGAAACUGGCACUGCACUAAAAAAAAAAAAAC